UCUGAGCUGCAGAUCGCCCUGGUGGCGCUCUUCAGUGAGAUGCUGUAUCGAUUCCCCAACGUGGUGGUGGCCCAUCUCACCCGGGAGUCUGUGCAGCAGGCCAUCGCCAACGGGAUCACCGCCCAGCAGAUCCGGCUGUGGGAGCUGGAGAGAGACCGGCUGACGGGCAGGGCGUGGGCGGACGAGGGCAGCUCUCUGGGGCCGGACCGCCACGCCCGGGACCUGCAGAGCCUGGACCGCUACGCGCUGGAGCGCUGGGAGGUGGUGCUGCAGUUCAUGGUGGGCUCGCCCAGCGCCGUGAGCCAGGACCUGGCCCAGCUGCUGGUGCAGGCCGGCCUCAUGAAGAGGUGCCGCCAUGUUUAUGUUUCUGUUUCUGCAUUUAGACGAGUGAGGGGGGGGGAGGCCCCCUACAUCACCUCAGCCGGAUUUCAGUUCCUGCUGCUGGACACAGCCUCCCAGCUCUGGUACUUCACUCUGCAGUACCUCAAGACGGCUCAGUCCCGCGGGAUGGACCUGGUGGAGAUCCUGUCCUUCCUGUUCCAGCUCAGCUUCUCCACCCUGGGCAGAGACUACUCGGUGGAGGGGAUGAGCGAGUCCCUGCUGACCUUCCUGCAGCACCUGAGGGAGUUUGGUUUGGUGGGCAGGGCGUGGGCGGACGAGGGCAGCUCUCUGGGGCCGGACCGCCACGCCCGGGACCUGCAGAGCCUGGACCGCUACGCGCUGGAGCGCUGGGAGGUGGUGCUGCAGUUCAUGGUGGGCUCGCCCAGCGCCGUGAGCCAGGACCUGGCGCAGCUGCUGGGGGGGGAGGCCCCCUACAUCACCUCAGCCGGAUUUCAGUUCCUGCUGCUGGACACAGCCUCCCAGCUCUGGUACUUCACUCUGCAGUACCUCAAGACGGCUCAGUCCCGCGGGAUGGACCUGGUGGAGAUCCUGUCCUUCCUGUUCCAGCUCAGCUUCUCCACCCUGGGCAGAGACUACUCGGUGGAGGGGAUGAGCGAGUCCCUGCUGACCUUCCUGCAGCACCUGAGGGAGUUUGGUUUGGUGUUUCAGAGGAAGAGAAAGUCCCGGCGAUACUACCCCACCAGGCUGGCCAUCACUCUGGCAGCAGGAGUCACCCCCACAUCCUCCUCUUCCUCCUCCUCCUCUUCCUCCUCUUCCUCCUCCGGCCCGGCGGGAACCGGAGACGCAGGGUUCAUUGUUGUAGAAACAAAUUAUCGCAUCUACGCCUACACGAUGGAGUCCACCGAUUCUCUCCGCGGCCGCAUCAGGGAGCUGGAGACGGAGUGCAAAAAGCUGAGCCUGGACACGAAGCUGAAGGAGGAGCAGCUCAGAGAGCUGGAGGGAAAAUGCCAGGUGAGACCGGGCGAUGGGCCACGUCUGUAA